AAGAUAAGAUUGACUUAAAUUUAUUUCUGGAGAUAAAAGUGGGCACGGUCGCACGGACGCAAGGUGUGUGAGGAAGUGGUUGAAUUGUCCAAAAAAAGAGGAAGUGGUUGUAUUAUGCUACAGACGGGAAAAGAUGGUGUGGCUAACCCGUGACCGCUCCAAAACCGGCACGCUUGUCCGAUCAACGCUUGCUCUUGUGCGUUCGUCUGUCCAUGGCGACUCCUCUCGGUGCUUACCCUUUUCUACUCCAAACAGCUUCUCCUUGGGUUUCUCCGGAACAAUGCCUCGCCUUAAUUUCGCGAAACGGGCAAGAAGUGAGGCAGCAUUCUCGCCUUCGAUCAAGGAGAACCAACCAGAGGUUCCAAAUUAUCUCGGAUUCAGUCAAGAGUACAAAGGUCCAAGCCUUGGAACCACGGUUGAAACUCAUGAUAGCAAGGACUUCUUUGGUUUGAUGAAACACAGGUUUCUGAUUUUCAAGAAGCAGAAAUACACGAUAGAGUUCGGGCAUUUUCAAGCUCUCGCUGAAGCUCAGUCUCCCAAGUUUAUGGUAAUUGCUUGUGCAGACUCUAGGGUGUGCCCCUCUAACAUUUUAGGAUUUCAACCUGGAGAUGCCUUCAUGAUUCGUAACAUCGCCAAUCUUGUUCCUCCCAUGAAGAACGGACCAACUGAGUGUAAUGCUGCACUUGAGUUUGCUGUAACUAUUCUCAAGGUUGAAAAUAUCCUAGUUAUUGGUCACAGCAAUUGCGCUGGAAUUGAAACGUUGAUGAAUAUACAAGAGGAUGUGGAAUCAAGGAGCUUCAUCCACAGAUGGGUUGUUAAUGGAAAAGUUGCCAAGGAUAGGACGAAAGCUGUCACAGCUCAUCUUAGCUUUGGUCCGCAAUGCAGAUGGUGUGAGAAGGAGUCUAUAAAGCAAUCAUUAUUGAACCUGCUGAGUUACCCUUGGAUAGAAGAAAGAGUGAAAAAGGAGCUGCUUUCUCUUCAUGGAGGAUACUACGACUUUUCUAAUUGCUCCUUUGAGAAAUGGACACUUGAUUGGAGAGGAAGCGAUGUUCAAGAUGAACAAGCAGAACGCAGCUAUGCUGUUAAAGACCAAGAAUUUUGGUGUUGAUGUUGUGGCUUUGUCACGAAACUCAACUUGGGCCACAUAACCUAUCGCCAGAUGUUACUGCUAAUUGCUGAUGGCAACUGCUUUCACAGUAAGAAAACUUGUAAACUAAUUAAGCCCCCUACUUCAAGACAAAGUACUGCGCGCCUGUAUUAUAUUCAAUUUUAUAAGAUAUGUGAAGAAUUCGGAUA